CUUUGAGAACUGGAUGAAGAAAAUUGAAAUAGAAUGUAGCACAGAACUCUUGCAGAAAGCUUGCCUAUUAGGAACCGCAAAGAUACUGAGAAAAGUACUGGAUACCUAAAGCCAAGGAAUUUGGCCUGCUAUCCAGCAGUUACCGGCAGUCAACACCACCGCCGUGUGAAAAUUGAAAUAAUAAUAAUAAUGAUAAUAAUGGAAACAUUUCAUUUUCAAUUCGACUUAAACUACAAUUACAAAUCUCACUAUUACAAGGUAAUUUGCAAUUGGCUAGCCUGGUUUUACAAGAAAAAACUAUAACAAUCGUAAGGUAAAAGGAAAAACUGAGAAAAAUAAAACUACCAAAGUUAAAAAGGAUGCAAUUCCGGAUUUGUCCAUGGUUUAUUUUUGCAACAAAAUAUGUAGUACGUAGUACGGAUGGCAAUGUUGGAAAGUUUAGAAAUGAGAUACCGUUUUUGUUGCUGAUCGAUGGAGAGAGAGUCACACAUUUUGAAGAAGGAGAUGCAGGAAUUGCCGAAGAUGCCAAGAGAGCUCAUAGAAAGAUUAACAAAAGAGACACAUUUGAACUGCCGCUGUAAACCAGAUAAAAGAGGAGCAUACUUGCUGUGUUUUCUUGUAGCAUUUGUGUUAAGAUUGGAUUCAGGCCAACAGUUAGCUUUAAAAUGUAGAGGUAAUUGUUGUUAGUCCUCAAGAGAAGAUCAGGGCGAAGGUUUAAUAAUAACAAUAAUAAUAAUAAUAACAAUAAUAAUUAUAGUAAAAAUAUUUUAGGGCUCAGCCCACCUUGUUAAAACUCAAAGAAAUUUAAGAGGGCUCAGCCUCCCUUUGCAAGGGAAUUUUCAUUUAGUUGGAUGAAUUCUGUGUUGGCAAUCCUAUAUUUUGCUAUAGAUUUCUAAUGAAUGAGCAAUUUCUUAUCAGUCUGCUUGUGGCAUCGAAAAGUUUGAAUUUUGUCUACACAAAACGGAGAGUCUUUAACACAAAUGCAGGUAUAUUUUUUUGUUUUUUUAUAUCAUAUAAAAUCUUUUACGAUACAUGCUUACGUCUACAUCCUACUAUACCUUCUAAUUAUUUUACAAAGUGUACAACACUACAGGGAAGGGACCACAGGGAACAAAAGACAAUGACUACCCUGUGGCCAUUAUCAUAAAAACAUAUAACAGGUAACAGCUAAAUGAAACAAUUACGGACACUUACAAAUACUAUUAAUUGCUGAUAACUACUAGAACCCGUUUCACAUUGGAUGUUCGGUCAGCAUAUGAGAAGGAUGCUGGAGACUGGACACUAAUCCCCCCUCCCCCCUUGAAGUUUAAAACUGAGAAUGAUUUUGAUAUAUUUCAAAAAAAUUCGCUUUAUUAAAAUCCAAUUCUGUAUUUCUGUAUUUGUACUUGUAUUUGUUGCUACCUAGCAUCCGAAGGUAGUUUUUAAGACACUGAGAGGCUAUGCUUACCGAGCAGUGUCCUGGUCCUUCCUCUCGAUGUGACCACACCUCGUGAUUUCAAUGCCUGGAAUUACAGAGAGCUGGCGACUCUCCUCUCUCUGGGUGAAAGUUUGGUCAUGCCAGAAACUCGAACCCCGGACCCUUGGGUCUGUAGUCAGCGCUUCUAACAACUGAGCCAUCCUCGUACCAAUGAAUAAAACCAAAGCAAUGUGAUACUCGGUUGCCAUCUCAAUUUUCCAUAGUAAUUUAUCUGUGCCACACGACUGAGGGUAGAGUGAGAGCAAGCACCAAGAUCAGCUAAAAUGCCGUUCAAGUGUAUGCCAAUUACUGUGGAGCCUUUGGUAUUCUUGUGCAUGCAGGCACUUUCGCUCAAUUUUGUUGCCUUCCCGCAGAUUUUAUUGGAACACUUGUGCUUAAAAAAACACAACGAAACGAAAUGUGCAGCAAUGUUAACGGGUUCGUUCAAGGAAGAUUAUGACAUCCUGCAAGAAGAGUCGAGCCUGUGGUUUUGUGGAUGUUUGGUUUUUGCUACAUUUAUAACUGUAUUGACUUUGCCAUUCGUUACAACACUGUCAGAAGAGUUUGGACGAAAGAAACUCAUGUUUUUGACGCCAGUGAGUCAAAUGAUUGAAAAUAUUUUGAUUGUUGUUAUUCUACAAAGUGGCCUUCGUUUCACCACGUGGCUCCUGAUGUUGGUUAGUAUAUUCUCGUGCUUUGUUGGUGAUGUAAGUGCCUUGUACGUAUUUGCAUGCUCCUAUAUAUCAGAUAUAACAACAGAAGAAACAAGGACAUUACGAAUAAAUUUUUUAGAAGCCGCCACCUAUUUAUCUGGAUUCACAGCAAAUCUCUCAAGUGGAUUCAUCAUAGAAAGGAUUGGAUACCUUGGAGGUUUUAUCUUGAAUAUAGGGUUUUGUAUUAUGGCCAUUUUGCACCUCGCUCUGUUUGUAAAACCAAUAGCAUCGCCUACAGAAACAUGUGAAGGGCUGAAUUCAGUUGUAAACGAGACUAGGAAGCAAAGCAGAGAGAUGAAUGGAGAGAAAACUUCUAACGAUCAGAUGGAGGCUAGAAAUGAGGAAAUUAGUGAUACACGUGAUAGUAAAGAAGAGAGAAUCACCAUUGCUGACGGUAUCAGAGCCGAUGUUAAAGAUGAAAAAAGAAAGAAAAGCAAGGAAGAACUGCUCAAAAAGGACGACAUGAAGAGGGAUCUUGUGCAAGAGGGUUCAUCCUGCAACCAGGUUAUUACUUCCAGUGAACCUAAGCCAAGUUUGCUAAAAAGGCUUUUGUCAGUAGCACAAAGAUCAAAUCCCAUUACAACUGUCAAGAGAGUCUACAAUAUAUUAAAAGCCAGUGACAAGCGGAAUUAUGGCCUUAUAUUGUUCUUUCUUAUAAUAUUCACAACAAUUACAAGCUCAGGAGAGAGGUCAGUGAUUAUUCUGUACUUAAAAAAUCAUCCUUAUUAUUUUAGUCCUAAGAAAAUAGGCUACUUUCUGUCAUUUCAAAGUGCACUUCUUUCCUUUCUGGGUAUGGUUUGUUUUAACUUUCUUUACACACGCCUUCUUAAACUGAACGAUUUCACCAUCCUGUUCUUGACCACAUCAAUCUCAGCUGUAUACUGUGUUUUGAUUGGGUUUGCAAACUCGCCCUUGAUGCUCUACCUUUCCCAAUUAGCGCUCGCUUUGGGAUCACUUGCUACACCGACCAUAAGAGCAAUGAUUUCCAAAAUAACUCCCCCUUCGACAGUUGGCAUUCUCUUUGCAGCAUUGCUUAUUCUCGAAACAUUUGCUAUUCUGAUUGGCUCAAUGAUAAGCCCGUUGGUGUACUAUGCAGUGGCCUCGAUCCAUCCAGGUGCUGUCUUCUUCGUCAAUGGUUUUUUUAUGUUUGUCAGUGUAUGUGUCGCACUUGGCUUGUUCUUCGCAAACAAUGUUAGGAAAAGUGGAUCUUCUGGAGUCGAAGUUGAAGUGCCUGAUGUUGCAACCAAACUCAUGGAUGAAAGCUGAAGUUUAAACAAAUAUCUUCAUUUUUAAUAUUUCCUAGUUUUAAAUAUUUUGAUUUUUAAGGUUGUAAUCUUCCCUAUUUCAAUUUAAGACGUAAUUCAUCGUAAAUCUACUGAUUAUAGGCACAAUCGAAUUUUCUUUGUUAAUUUUUUUGCAAUUUUGCUCAGCCUUCGUUGGCUAUGGCUUUCGAUCUAUGCUUCAUCACCUUCGAAAGACUGUUCCGUAUUAAUACUACUCCCAGCAAUUAUUGCAAAAUCUCUCUGAAAAUUCCAAGUUAAAAUAUUUUAUAGAUGUUAGAUUUCUUAGCAUAGGUUAGAUUCGCAAUCCAGAAAACAAACCUUUGAAGCAUGCCUAUUAUGCAGUGUUUGGAAGUGAUCACGCUGCAAUUUCAAAUCCUGAUUGUCCAUACUUGAUUGAAUUUGUGAUAACGUGAUUCAAUUUUUUCUUGCAGUAAUCACAUGCACUUGAUCUAUGUUUAGAUUUUUCCUCCUUACAAAUGCCCGCUCUUUUCAUUGCGUAAACCCUUCAGCUACUUAUUAGAAGCUGAUCAGCCAUUUCUUUUUAAAGUAGCAAUAGGUUAUCCUUACUUGAAAAUUGAGUUUAGGCUAAAAAGUUGCUAUCUAAAAACUUAGGCCUACAUAAAAUCAUAUUUUCCAGAAUUAAGGCAAUUUAAGUCUUAUUAAGCUAACUAUUUCUACCAUGGUAGCAGUAAAUUUUUCAAUUUAGUUUUUCAAUAUUUGCAUUUCUUCAAAAGUUGAACGCACAAACACUGUGUCAUAUUAAUUAUCUAUUACUUUUCUCUGUUUAUUUUUUCAUUGUUUUUACUUUAACAAAUUUGUCAUCUUCUGUUGUUCAAAACAAAUCUUUAAAAAUUGCAUCUUAUAAUUUACGUUAUUGUUAUAUUCAGAAAGGGAAAUCAAAUGAAAUCACAAAAUGCCACGAAAUUGUUUUUAAUCGCGAUGUUAAUAAACAAAAACCUUCCAAUUUAAAACUCCAAUCUUCACUUACAUCAUAUUCGAUGCUAUCACCUGCAUUAUUCAUCAUUUGUUAAUAGGAAGACAACUGACAUGAUAAAACAUAAAAUAGUUCAAAAGACAUUGUUUUCCAGAAAACGUACAAAAAACCUUUUCGAUACAGUAUUCACAGUAU